AUGGCUUCCAAGGACGGUUUCUCGUGGACAGAGUCGCAAGGGCUCAAGGCCGGUGUGCCAUGUAUUGGAGCAAUCCAGCCGCCGACAAACCUCAACGAUGACAGCCAGCAUGGUGACUUCGACGUCAUCGUAGUUGGUGCCGGAUAUGCCGGCCUUACGGCGGUCCGAGAUGCCAGUAUUGCAGGUCUCAAAGUGCUCCUUCUCGAAGCCCGUGACCGCAUCGGCGGGCGUUCGUGGUCCUCCAACAUCGAGGGCUACCCGUAUGAGAUGGGAGGAACCUGGGUAUACUGGAACCAGACCAACGUGUGGCGCGAAAUUGCGCGGUACGGCAUGCAGGAUGAGCUUGAGGAGUCGUACGACUUCUCCAAGGGCAUCGACCAGUUUCUGCUGUCCAACGCCCAGCGAACACAGAGUUUUAGUCAUGCUGACGAGGAUGCGUUGAUGAAGACGGCCCUGGAGAAAUUGGUCAAUGUUGACGGCAACCUGGGUAAGACGGCAGUGCCGUUCCCACACAGCGCCAAGAUGAGUGCCGCGGAGCUCCGAUAUGACCGCAUGACACUGGCCGACCGCAUCAAUGAGCUUCGCGACGAGCUGACGCCCAACGAGCGGCUGUGUGUGGAAGCGUUUGUGCUCCUGUGCAGCGGUGCGACGCUGGAGACGGCGAGUUUGUACGAGUUCUUGCACUGGUGGGCGCUGUGCGACUACACGUACGACGGCUUGAUCAACUACCUGGUGCGGUACAAGUUCCACGGUGGCCAGUCGUCGUUUGCCAUUCGCUUCUUCCGCGAGGCCCUGGCGACGGGCAACCUGCGGUACGCAUUCGAGCAGCCAGUAGCCGCGAUUAAGCAGCUCGAAGGCGUCAGGGGAGGGGCCGUCGAGGUGCAGACGCGAGCUGGGCGGUCGUUCAGGGGCCGGCGGGCCAUCUGCGCGGUGCCGCUCAACGUGCUCGACAACGUGGCCUUCUCGCCGCCGUUAUCACCAGGCAAGCGGGCGGCAGCUUCGCGGGGCCACGUCAACCAGUGCGUCAAGGUACACGCCGAGGUGUCGGGCACGCACCUGCGCAGCGUCACUGCCAUCAGCUACCCGCACCACGCCCUCAUCUACAGCCUGGGCGACGGCACCACACCCGCGGGCAACGCGCACAUUGUGGCCUUUGGCGCGCAGCACAACCACUUUGAGCCCGACGAGGACGUCGCGCGCGCCGUUGACGCGUUCCGCGGCCUGGCGCCGGCCGAGACGGACAUGUGCGUGCGGCGGUUGGUGUUCCACAACUGGUCCAAGGACGAGUACGCCAAAGGCGCCUGGUUCUUCCCGCCGCCCGGCCUGCUGGCAGACCACCUGGCCGACAUGCGGGCGCCACACGGCCACGUCUUCUUUGCUUGCUCCGAUUGGGCUCUAGGCUGGCGUAGCUUCAUCGACGGCGCCAUACAGGAGGGUGCCCGGGCUGUCGUGGCUGUCACUGGGUCCCUGGCCGGCACUCCAUCACUCUAG